AUGGCAUGCACAAAUGUUGCACCAGCCAUGGGAAGAUUUGCAUCCGAUUGUGUCUCCAUGACCAUUUAUGAAGUGGGGGAUGGACAUAGUUUGACCUCUGCCUUCUGGUUCAGACAGUGCAAAUGGUCAGGCGGAAUUGACCAACAAGACCAUACUCCAAACCUGAAGAGGAAAUUGGAAGAUGCUAAAGGAUCGUGGCCUGCAAACCUACCUGAGGUACUUUGGGCAUACAGAACCAUAGCAAAGUCAAGUACCAGGGAAACACCCUUUUCCCUAGUAAAUGGGGCAGAGACAUUAAUUCCGGUCGAAGUGGGGACUCCAAGCCUGUGGUACCUACAGGCAAUUGAAUGGGACAAUUCAGACACAAUGCUAGUUCAGUUGAACUUGCUUGAAGAACAUUGA